UCUAUCUGACAGUUCCACAACUGUACCAGAACAACCCCUUUCCUUUAUACUCUUAUCAGUGAAGCAAGUGAAGAAGACCACUGCACAAAGCCGAGGCGACACGGGGAGCACAGAACACCUUAAGAAAACGCGACGUUAGAUGUGAUUGACAAAGACAUUAUUCUAUCCUUGCUGUCCUGUCGUUCCGGGAUUACAAUGACGUCACACUGAUACCCUUGCAUGGGUGAAUGCUAAAGAACUAUAGAGGCACAAAUAAUAGCACAAGCAGAGUCCAUAUCUUGCAAGUCUUACGUUAUCCUUUAAGCCUUCUUCAGCUAAUACAACAACAAUUUUUGUACUUAAUGACGCGUAAUUUCAUUUUCUUAUCAUUUCCUUCGGGGGAUUAUUCAUAUAUAAAACUAUCUGCAGCUGUUGGUAACAGCCUCAACUCUCCCUCCUAAGUGCAAUCAUCUAUUAUUGAGCGAGAGGCCGUGCCUGGAAAUGUGUGUAAGAAGGUGGAUUUGAAGUAGAAUUGGUUACAAUCGAUCAAGGGUGAAGAAUAUUCCUGAUGUUAACAAAAUAAGCAGCUAUGUCUUUCUCUCAGUAUGGAUAUCCUUAUAAUGCAACUUCACAGUUUUUCGUCUCGGCAAACCCCAGUACGACUUGCUGCGAUUCGAUUUCCAGGUCGGUCUCUGACGGGACGAGCGGUACCCAGACUCCUGCUACCUUCUGCUGCCCUUCCUACGAGAACCGGCUCCUGGCCAGCACACGGACGGAGCUCAACGCGGCACUAGGGAUGUAUAGCUCGCCGUACGCUGCCGCGGCCGCCGCCAGCCAGAACUAUGCCAGCUACUUCCCCUACAGCGCCGAGCCCUCCGCUGCUAUCUACUCAUCUCUGAAUCCACAGUAUGAAAUGAAGGAUGGCACAAGCACUCUGCAUUCUGGCAUAACUCAACCUGCCACCUACUAUCCUUAUGACCACUCACUGGGCCAGUACCAAUAUGACAGGUAUGGGACUAUGGACUUUAAUGGGUCAGCCAGGAGGAAGAAUGCCACACGUGAGACCACCAGUACCCUGAAGACAUGGCUGUACGAGCACAGGAAAAACCCCUACCCCACCAAGGGCGAGAAGAUCAUGCUGGCCAUCAUCACCAAAAUGACCCUCACCCAAGUUUCCACCUGGUUCGCCAACGCCAGGAGGAGGCUAAAGAAGGAGAACAAGAUGACCUGGUCACCAAAGAAUAAGGCUGGGGACGACAGGAAGGACGACCAGGAUAAAAGUGACCAAGAUUGUGUCACCAAAGAUUCCAGUGAGUGUAAAGAUGAGAAAGACCUUCAUCUGAGUGACCUGGAGGACAUGGAGGACGAGGACUGUGACAAGCUGGACAGUGACUGUGAGAAGAUGGCACCCAGGGGCCCUGAGGAACAGCAGGACCUCCACAGGGCCAUGUCCGGUGGUGGUGUUGGCCCUGGAGGCCCUCCAAAGAGAGACUGCAGCUCAGAGCUCUCCCUCUCCUUUCCCAACAGCUUCCACCACUCAUUCCCAUGUGGUAUCAAGAGCCUACCCUCCCUACCCUCCCUGCCCUCUCUACCCACCAUGCCCUCGGACUUCCUUGAUCCACUGGUGACGUCCAAGCCCCCCUCCACCACCACCACCAUCCCCACGGGCACUCACACUGUGUCCCUGUCACACUUUGAGGUGUCGGACCGGGACAAACCGAGGAUCUGGUCUCUGGCGCGUACAGCGGCCACGGGGGUCAUCCUGGGCUCUGCUCACCACGGGGCCCCAGAGCUCCAGACAGGGAGUAUGCUGGCAGACUGCCAUCUUCAGGGGACCAGGCUACCAGUGACUGGUACCAGACAGUGUGGGCCCCUCAGGGGCCUCCAGGAUCCUACCAACAUAUCCAAUGCUGAGAACCCUUUCCAGGAGGGCCCCUUGUUGCAAUCUAAGGUCUAUAGUGCAGGCAGCUACAACCACAAGGCCCUCCAACUGCACUGUUCCUCCUAUCCUGCGCUUUCAGACUCAUGCCAGUACUCCACUAUCGAAGGAUUCUCCAGUGGGAAGGCAGAGACAGAGCCCUCGGAACUCAGUGACACAUGUGUGACCCUGCAGGAUGACAAGGUCACUGCCUUCAGACCUGUUAUGAAGAGGUGAGGAAGGUUGAUGGACACGCAGUCGUUACACACUGGGACUUUUAUUUAGCCGGUCUUAGGCUAUGCACUAUAAAGACUUGGGAUGACGACGAGCACCGGACAUCCUUCCUACCUUACACCUGGGAACUGCGACGCUCCGCAGUCAAAGCUCGAUGAGCCCUGUCCAAACUGUGGAAGCUGCCAUCAUUUUGCACAACGUUGUUUUUAUGGUGUUGACGAUGACUUUAUGCAAGACUUUGAAAUGCAACGGUAUGGGAACUGACGGUCAAUUCAUGAUGUAUGCAAAGGGCAAUCGUAGUGUAGCAAUGUUAUUUAUUUAUGUGUAUUUAUUAUUUGAUUCCUCAACUGUUUAUUUAUUUAUUUCCUAUGUGUCAUUUACAUAUUUUGUUACAUGUAUGUAUUGUUUCAACUGUGGUUGUGUGCUAUUUUUACCUGAUUUAACGGAGAAAUACUUAGCUUGUUGUAGGUCUUUCUGUUCGCUAAAAGAGUGGGAUUUAUUGAGUUGGGAUCGGGAUUGUCUAUUGUGUGUGUGUCGACCUGGAGAAAUUGUUGAUUGUGUUGUGUUCAUCUCAAAGAUAAUUGUGAGCUUAUUCUGUUCUUGCCAUUCAUGAAAUAUUUUAUAAGAAUGAAUUUUUUCAAGAACUCCUCGUUUUUGUGUAAAUAUUAUUUCCAGAACAUUAACAUUGGUUUAAUCGGCCAAUUAAAAACUUUGAGACUUUUGCACUAGAUCAAAGUUCAUCUUCUUAACGUGGAGAAUAAUACUGGAACAUUGUUGGUAAGGUCAUAAAUCAGUAUAAAUCAGUAGAGAACGUGAAUGAACGUUACAAGGCCAGGAAGAAAGGGGACAUCAUCUCUCCAAUGUAAUUAUCUAAUCAGUUCUGGCAUCAAACACUUUGUUACUGUUCAGACAAGCAACGAGGCAGGAAUACGGAAUGAAUGUUGCUUUGUCCGCUGUGUAGGGAGCCGCUGCAAUAAUUUACUUGUGU